AUGAAAGUUCUUGUUUUUGGGGCGACUGGCAACGCCGGCAAGGAAGUCGUCAACCACUGCUUUGCCGACGAGCGCAUCACCAAGGUUGUCAUCUUUACGAGGAAAGCGGUUUCGAUAGAUGUCGAAAGCCACCCCAAGGCCGAAGUCGUCAUGCAUCAGGAUUUUUCACAAUAUUCUGAGGAUAUGAUGCGCAGACUGGAGGGCGCCGAAGUGUGCUUAUGGGCUAUUGGAGGGAGAAUCAACCAGUUCAACAACGACAAAGAAUUGUGUCGCAAAGUGAGCGUAGAGUUCACACUAGCGGCGGCCAACGCGAUGCUGAAAUACCUGGCCGACAAAGUCCCCCCGGGCAAGAAAUUCCGAUUCGUCUUUUGCAGCGGCAAAUACUCGGAAUGGAACCAGAAGAGGCCCCUUCUGUUCAUGGGAGAUUCUCGUCGCAUCAAGGGAGAAGUUGAGAAAGGCUUAUGCGACCUUGCUGAUGCAAACGCCGACAAAUUCGAGACGUGGAUCUUGCGACCUUCCGGCUUCAUCGAACCCAGCGCACCCUUCUCCAAAAAGCUUGUCGGCAACCUCUACGGCGCCAUCACGACCACUCAAGUUGGCAAAACUAUGGUCAAGGUAGCCUGCGAAGGUUGGAAGGAUAGGAUUAUUGAGAACGAGGCGCUUCUCAAGAUGUAA